AUGCGAGUUCCCAUUACACUCAAAGCUGAACCUGGCCUGGGACAGGCACCCCCUCCCAGAUCCCCUCACCACAACUUAAAGCCCCCCACCAUGCCCCCUCCACUGCCCCCUACCACACAGGAGCGCUCUGAGGAGGAAGAAGAGGAAGAGAAAGAUGAAGAGGUGAAAACAGAGCUGUCUGACAGUUCCCAGGAGACAGAAACAGACAAGUCCCCUCAUCCCCAGAAGCGAGCGAUGCCAUUCUUUGCCUGGUCCCUGCUGGAGGCAGCAGGGCUGUCUGAGGCUCAGCUACACACACACUCAGAAGAGUGUAGCAUGUCAUUUACCCAGUACAGCUCAGAGGGAGCAGUGAUGAGGGAAUUUGAGGCAUUGGGGCAGAUGCUGCACUGUCUGACCGGCCACUGUCCUCAUGAGUACCAGUACUAUGGCUGCUACUGUGGGCAGCAGGGCAGUGGUAUGCCUCAGGAUCAACUGGACCGGUGCUGUUUUCUUCAUCAGUGUUGUCUGGAGCAAAUCGUGUUGUUGGGCUGCAGGAGAGACAGGAAACACAACAUUCGUGUCAGCUGUAACAAUGGCAAGCCCCGGUGUUUGGGAGUGAGCGUGUGUGAUCGGCUGCAAUGUGUGUGUGAUCGCACCACGGCAGAAUGCAUGGCAGCAUCACACUUCAACCAUUCAAUAAGCACUCAGUGUUCUGGUCCCCGCCCACCCUGCACACGUAGGCCCCACCGACUGCCACAGCCCACCAAUGAUGACUCCAGCCAGGAGAGUUCAGAAAUGACCAAACCACAAGCAAACAAACACCCUCAGCAUCGUCCACAUCUUCUACACACACAGGGUAAACCUGCACAAGCAAAGCCCACUGGUGACACUAGUGAGGAAAAGGGCAAGGAAGAGGGGAAACCAGAGAAAGAGGAAAAAGAGGAAGAGGAGAAGGAAGAAGAGGGAGGAGGAGAAGAAGCAGAAGGAGAAGAAGGGGCAGAAGAAGAAGGAGAAAUAUGAAUGUAAAAUGGCUUUCUAGCAGUUAUAUAGUACACUAUGUGGUGCACUAUACUGGUUGUGGAUGCGGGUCCCCCAGUCCUGUAGAGCCACUUCUCUGCACAGUUUCAUUUUUUUCACUUCUCAUCAAAUGUA